AUGACUGUUGAAAACAGAAAAGUAGAUCACAGCUAUCUUAUGUCAUUGCAUAAUAAUAAUAAUAAUAAUAAUAAUAAUAAUAAUACUGACAGUAUAGGUUAUCAUCUAUUAUGGACAAUAUGGAAAUUACGUUAUCAUCAAUAUUAUAGAAAUCAAAUUGAUGAAAUCAAUUCUUUUACAUUAUGGAAAAUCAAUAUUGAUCAAAUCUUAUUACAUAAUUUAUAUUAUGAUUUACAAUUAAAAACUUAUCGUAAAUCAAUAAAUCAAUAUACCGCUAUAAAUUGGAAUGAUUUUUAUGAAAAUAAAAAAAAGAAAUUAAACUUAUUACAUCAUCAAAAAAAUCGAUUAUUAAUAUUAUUAGUGAAGGAGAAAUAUAGAAGUUUCAAUAGAACAAAUAAUAAUCAUAAUGAUUUACCAGAUAUGAUUGAUUCAGUCAGUCAGUCAGCUACAACAAAGAAUGAAGUGAUUGAUUGGAGGGAUAAUGAUACUGUGACACCAGUAAAAUCACAAGAGAAUUGUGCAUCUUCAUGGGCAAUUGCCUCAGUUGAAGCGCUUGAAGGGCAAGUUAAAAGAAAAACAGGAAUUCUUACUCCAUUAUCAUCUCAACAAUUGGUAGAUUGUACUAGAGAGCAUGAAUGUGUAGAGAAUCCAGUAUCAGUAGCAUUUGAUUAUAUAAAAGAGUAUGGUGUAGAAUCUCAAGAAGAUUAUCCUUUUACUGGUAAAGUUGGAAAUUGUAAAUAUAGUUCAUCAAAGAGUGUGACAACUUUAUCCUCUUAUAUACAAGUGGAUGAUAAUGAGGAGGAACUUCAAAAAGCUGUGUAUAAUAUUGGCCCCAUAGCAGUAAGAAUUACUAUGAUUCAGGAAUUUCUCACUUACGGGAGUGGCGUUUUAUUAAUAGACGACUGUCAAAAUGAAGAACCAUUCGAAUCCGUUUUACUUGUAGGUUAUGGUAUAGAGAAUGAAAUACCAUAUUGGUUAGUUAAAUUUAGUUUGGGUGAAGAAUUCGGUGAUCAUGGUUAUAUGAAAUUAGCCAGAAAUCAUAAAAAUAUGUGUCAUAUUGCUAGUUUUGCAUAUUAUCCUGUCAUAUGA